AUGGAUACUUCAAGUCCUUCAGCUUUUGUGAACGGAGCUUUCAUGAGGCGUUACAUCGGUCAGAAAGUCAGAACUGUGGUUCAAGUGAUCGGUUCCGAUGUCGGAUCUGUGGUCGGAAAAUCUACUGAUGAUGUUCAGAUCGUUGUUAGAGGAUCGCCUCCUACUCCUCUUACUACUUACCUCGAGGUGAUCGGAAUUGCAGAGAGUGAAAAGACCAUUCGAGCUGAAACUUUGACCAAUUUUGGAAAUAGCUUUGAUCCAGCCAACUUCAACGAGCUAUGUAAGCUAGCAAAUGGAGAAUUCAAGCACUUGUUCAUCUAA